AUGGUUCCUAGAAUGGAUAGAGAACCUAUAUUCGCUGCCACGGCGACACCACCCAGAUCUAUUCUCCGGCACUCUAGUAAAGUUCGUAAGGUCGACGAUGCAGGGCUUGACGAUGGAACAACUAUGGCUUCUGGGUACCAUAAAAGGCGUAAGAUAAAAUUCAGUUCAGAAGCAAAGGACCAAGUACACGUAGAAAUGCCUCAUCCCUCUGCAAAAGCUCUGGGGAUUAUUAGAGGUGUAGUAAAAAAGACCAUUGAAUCUCACCUUCAAGGUGAUAGUCAUGAAUAUGAGUGUCUAGAGAGUUGCUUUCGCCCAAAGGAGAUGGAUCACGACGAUGAGCGCGUUAAAUUCACCGAUAUCAAGAUUUAUCUACUCGCCCUCACCAGUUACACAUCUUUACUCGGCAAGAAUUUUUCAACAUUGAUAAAUGCUAUCCUCAAAAUCGAUUGGAUCGGAAGAGAUGGAGUAUUUGUCAAAGUCUAUAUCAACUUCUUAAGUAGCUUAGCCAGUGCUCAAGGCGCCUAUGUCGGCUUGAUCCUCGAAAUGUUACUAUCUUACUUCCAAGGAUUCCCCCCUCUCAGUGGAAGAGUUGAAGGGUGUCCCGAAUAUAAUCAAGACCAACUUUUUUCUAGACUUCACGCGGCCCUCAAAUAUCUUGUACAACUAGUUCCAUCUGCAAGCAGCGUUAUACUGUCUCUAGUAGACAAAAAGUUUCCGUUCGCUGAUGACAGUAAAAAGUUACUCAUAAAUUAUGUCGAGAACCUUAUUCAACUCACUAGCUACGCGCCAGAGCUAAAGCCUGACGUACUUGCUUUAAUUACGGAUAGACUUGUGAAGAUUGACGUACAGAUGCAGGUUGACUUGGAUGAUCUCGACGAUGAAGUCGCAAGCUCUCUCGUGGACACUACACAGCAAAACUUAUCUGGGGAGGAAGAGGAUUUGUAUUGCUCUGACAGCGAUACUGAUUCUGCGUCUGCUGAUGAAGUCUCCGGAAUGAGUUCAAAGCGACUAAAAAAAGUUCGCGACAACGUGGAAAAAUUGGACACCAUAUUAGAACUGCUCUUCCAAGUUUAUACCCCUUGUUUUUCAGAUCCCAAUAGCGCAGUUGCUGUCUCAACAUUCGAAACCCUACUUGCUCAUUUUGCAAAUAUUAUAUUACCUACAUAUCGCUCUCGGCACACACAAUUUCUCUUGUUUCACUUUGCUCAAAAGUCGGAACAUUUAGUUGACCAAUUCGCGGGAACAUGUGUGCAACUUGCAUUUCAGACUGGUCGGCCAGCAAUAUUAAGACAGUCGGCUGCCGCCUACCUCGCCAGCUUCGUUGCACGAGGUGCAAAUGUGCAGCCUCAGAUCGUACAAACUGUGUUCGACCUUAUAGGACGUAAUCUAGAUCAUAUUAGAGCUGAAAAUGAGAUAUCUUGCCGUGGUCCGGAUCUUCAGCGCUAUGGCACCUUCUAUGCCAUGACUCAAGCACUUCUUUACAUAUUUUGUUUUAGAUGGCGAGACCUUAUAAUUUUUGACGUCCUAGAUGAUGAUGACCCCGUGUUAUCUCCCGGUCAGGAUUUCACUUGGAUUCCAGGCAUCAAAGAAAUUUUAACUCGUACUAUUUACUCUAAACUUAAUCCACUGAAAGUUUGCUCUCCUUCUAUCGUGGCAGAGUUUGCCAAGAUCGCUCACCACCUAAAGUUCAUCUACGUAUAUCCCUUACUGGAAACUAAUAAACGUAUUCGAUUAGGACAAUUCUCAGUCAUCAACGUCAAUGGAGCUCUUCGAGGCACGGGUAGUGAUUCUAAUGAAAAAUGGCAUCAGCUCGACGCUUACUUCCCCUUUGAUCCUUAUCAGCUCCCAAUCAGCAAACGAUGGAUCGAGGGUGACUACGUGCAAUGGAAAGGAAUUCCAGGUCUAGAUCAAGGACAAGAUGAUGACAGCGACGAUAAUAUUUUGGAUAAUGAAAACAAUGACGAGGAUACUGCGACUGAAGAUGAAAACUGA